CAAAGCUUGAGUCUAGCGAGUCUAGAAGCCAGGAGUUCGUCGGAGAAUUUCGAAUGAAACCUUAACUCCAAUCGUUGGGACGACUGGCAAACGUUGAGCUCCCCGGGAAAGAGGUCCUGCGAAGCGCCUGUGUAGUACUUCGCUUUAGUCGCUACAUCAUGGGCUACGCACCAAGAAAACGGACAGUCGAUGUGGUGGAUAUUAGCAGCGAUGACGAAGAUUGGACUGGCCUGCAGCGUCCAGUUAAAACAAGUCGUUUAGGAUCUGCUGAUAACCUCAGUCGUCUCAGCAGCGGACAGCGUUUUGGCGAAGACGCGGCUUUCGUCUCACUCGCUCAGCUGCCUCAGGUGCCAGGAAUCGAUGAAGAAGAUGCAGACGCUGCAAAUGUGAUCCAGAACAGUCAGAAUGGCGACGAAUCAAUUAACACCAUUCAUUACGGUGAUCUCAACACCAAAAUCGUGGGUGUUCGAUACUACUCGGGACGCGCAACCUUGGGCGAGCAUGUUAUCGUAGUGCGAGAACCUAACAAUAAUUACGACCGUAACGCAAUCCGUGUUCUCAAUGUUAUGAAUGGACAGAUUGGCCAUAUUCCGAGGACCAUGGCCGCCAAGUUGGCUCCGUAUAUGGAUUCCAAGUCUCUCGUAAUUGAGGGAAUCUUAACGAGUACUAUCGGCCACUACGAAUGUAGCGUCGUUCUUAAACUCUACGGGACUGCUGACCCUAUACAACGCACGCAACUUAAACAAAAGAUGCAAAAAGACCGGCUGCCUGUCUCACGGCUAGUGCAGGCCGAAAGAGAUGAACGUAGUCGGGAGAAACAGCGCGAACAGGCCCGCAAAGACGCUUUGAAACGAGCUCGCUCGCUUGCUAAGGGAAAGGGACAGCAAUGGGACAAUCAAGACAGCGCCAUGUUUUCCAAUCUCUCAACUCUUGAAGGAGGCAUCGGAAUCGAAAACCUUGAAGAUCUUAUUGACCAGAGCAGCGACUUCAAUCCUCGGGAGAUUGGAAAGGUGGUUGAGAAUUUUGGACAGAGCGAAUCCGAACUUGCGAACAUGCCCAUGGCAGAUAAUCCAGAUGGUCUCGUCACCCAACUCUUGCCCUACCAGCGCCAGGGACUCGCUUGGAUGCUGUCCAAGGAAUCUCCUAGCCUUCCCUCUCCUGGUUCUUCAGAAGUCGUGCAGCUCUGGAAGAGGGAUAAAAAUGUCUACACAAACAUCGCAACAAACUUUUCCACCACACAAGCGCCCAUGCUCGCGAGUGGCGGUAUCCUUGCUGAUGACAUGGGCUUGGGCAAGACAAUCCAGAUUAUAUCUCUCAUCUUGGCCAACUCGAAACCGAAAUCUGCUGCUUCAUCCAAAACUACCUUGAUCGUCUCCCCUGUCGGUGUGAUGAGCAACUGGAAGGACCAGAUUCGUGACCAUACAAAUCCGGAGACUGCACCUCGCGUGUUAAUCUAUCAUGGCCCUGGAAAGAAGGAGGCAUCUCAUCUCAGCGACUACGAUGUAGUCAUCACAAGCUAUGGCGCUCUGGCCAUGGAUUAUGACCCCAUCGCAAAGAAACAACCAGGGAAUGGUAUCUUCUCUCUUCAAUGGCGUCGUGUGGUUUUGGAUGAGGGACAUACCAUUCGGAACCAACGAUCCAAAGGUGCUCUUGCAGCAUGCAAUCUUCGGGCAGAUUCACGCUGGACAUUAACCGGCACUCCAAUUGUCAAUUCUCUGAAAGACCUCUAUUCCCAAGUACGGUUUCUGAAACUCUCUGGUGGCUUGUCGGAUUUCGCAGUUUUCAAUACCGUGUUAAUCCGUCCUUUGACAUAUAACGAGGCCAGCGCUCGUUUACUGCUUCAAGCCCUCAUGGGAACAAUUUGCCUUCGACGACGUAAAGAUAUGAACUUCGUCAAUUUGCGUCUGCCGCCAAUGACUUCUCGAAUUCUUCGCGUCAAAUUUCACCCUCACGAACAAGAGAAAUAUGAAAUGUUUCAAAACGAAGCAAAGGGUGUUUUCUUGGAUUACCAAUCUGGGAGUAAAACCGGAAGUGCUACCUAUUCACAUCUUCUUGAGGUUAUUCUUCGAUUGCGACAGGUCUGCAAUCACUGGGCGCUGUGCAAAAACCGCAUCGACAAGCUUACUGCUCUACUAGAAGAGCACAAGGUCGUUCAACUGACCCCGGAAAAUGUCAAAGCGCUCCAGGAUAUGCUGCAGCUCAGAAUCGAGAGCCAGGAAGUGUGUCCGAUCUGCUUGGAUAUCCUCGAACAACCAGUGAUAACUGCGUGUGCGCACGCCUUUUGCCGCGGCUGCAUCGAGCAGGUGAUUGAGAGACAGCACAAGUGCCCUCUUUGCCGCGCCGAGCUCGAAGAUGCAUCGACACUGGUCUCGCCCUCCAAUGAACUGGGCGAAGAUUCCAACGAAGUGGUCGUCAGUCCAGACCAGCCAAGCAGCAAAAUUGAAGCUCUAGUCAAGAUUCUGACUGCCCACGGUCAAGCGUCCGGGACGAAAACAGUUGUUUUCAGUCAGUGGACAUCUUUUCUCGACCUGAUCGAGCCUCAUCUCCAUCAGCACGGGAUCGGAUUCGCGCGCAUCGACGGCAAGAUGAACUCGACGAAACGAGAUAAUUCAACCCACGCCUUCUCAAACGAUCCUGAUUGCAAAGUCCUCCUUGCGAGCCUCAGUGUCUGCAGCGUGGGCCUCAACCUUGUUGCUGCGAACCAGGCGAUUUUGGCGGACAGUUGGUGGGCCCCUGCGAUCGAAGACCAAGCUGUCGACCGUGUCUAUCGACUCGGACAGAAGCGCGAGACGACUGUCUGGAGACUUGUGAUGGAGGACAGUAUUGAGGACCGUGUCCUUGAAGUCCAAGAUACAAAGCGCAAGUUGAUGCUAGAGGCUUUCCGUGAGAAGGCAGCUAAAAAGGUCGAGGAUAGAGCCACCCGAGUUGCUGAUCUGGGAAAACUCCUCCGCUAGAAGGUCUUUCAUUCCCGUCUUUCUUUCUCUGGUUGUUUCCUAAUUAUUUUCUAUUGGUUUCGGUCUUUUUUUUCUAUCUGUCAAUCCUUGGAUUUGUUUCCUUUUUCCAUCACCACGUUCUCUAUAUAUUUUUUUUUAUUUUUCCUGGUAAUUAGUAUAGAUGCUAAAGCACAUAAAAACAGAAUACUAUACCACCAU